AUGCCUCCCUGUCUAGUCCUCAUUCGUCACGCACAGGCUAUACAUAAUUGUUCAGCUCUCCGGCAAAAUAUAUAUGACCGCUUCGGUAAUCAGAUUCGUGAUAUAUCGGACGCUGCCAUCAUUGCCAGCCCCAUGCAUCGUACACUGCAGACUGCAGAGAUUGUUACUGGCUGGUUGGUGGACAGAGGGGUCAAGAUAGUUGCAAACGCUGAUUGGCAAGCAAAGGAUUGUUCAGAGAACUCGGACAAGCCGUGCGAUACCGGUAGCCCGAUCAUCAAACUCGAGUCCGAGUUCCCUGCCGUCGACUUUUCGACCGUAGACCCUGUUUGGCCAGACAAGACUACGGCACAAGGAAAACGGUAUGCCUACACAAGGCCGGCUAUACUGGCAAGAGGUAGACAAUGUCUUGAAGAUCUGUACCGGCGCCCAGAGAAAUUCAUCUUUGUGGUUUCCCACUCCGCCUUCUUGAGGCUUGGGGUUACCGGCUACAAGUGGAUGAACGGUGAUUACCGAAUCUUUACCCUAGAAGAGGACGGUUCCGGUAUUGUCAAACUGCGUCAAGACAAUACAACACUCUCUGGGGGGCUAGGUAUGUCCCCUUCUGAGCCUGUAGAAUUGGGAUCAGAAGACUUGCUAGGGCGGGAGGGUCACUAA